AUGGCCUUCUAUACAAAAUUUCUAAAGGAAAUCCUUUCCAAGAAAAAGAGAUUGGAGGACUAUGAGACAGUUACUCUAACUGAAAAAUGUAGUGCCAUCCUACAGAAUAAGUUGCCUCCAAAAUUAAAAGAUCUUGGAAGCUUCUCCAUACUAUGCUUAAUUGGCAAUAUGAAUAUUGAUAAAACCCUCUGUGACCUUGGAGCCAGUGUGAGCCUAAUGCCCUUGUCUAUAUGUCAAAAGCUAAAUGUGGGAGAACUGAGACCAACUACCAUCUCCUUGCAAUUAGGAGAUAGAUUUGUCAAAUAUCCAGUUGGAAGACCUUUCUUGGCAACUGCUAGAGCAAUCAUAGACGUCAAAAAUGGGCAUCUAACUCUCGAAGUGGAGGAUGAAGAGGCGGAAUUCAACUUGUUCCAAGUAGUAAAGCAAAAGUCUGAACCUGAUGAAUGUCUAAGGGUUGGCAUCAUUGACAAGCUAAUGGAGGAAGAAUUCCAAAUGAGAUAUCCUGAAGACUCUCUUGAAGCUUGUAUAGUGCAUGGCCAUACAGUGGAGAAUGAGAACAAGGAAAUUGUAGCAUAUGUAGAAUUUCUUAAGGAUAAAAGAAGCCCUUAUCUCAGCACCAAUAAUGCAACCACUAGAUUGGGAGCUGCCAUUCGAGAUAAUGUGCAAUGCAAGUGA